ACUGACGCAAUCCAGGAAGAGCCGCUCACUUCUGCGAAGUUUGUCAGGUAGCUUAGCUAAUGGAGUCGAUAGCUGGAAGUAAACAUAAGUGGCCUUAGAAUGUUAUAACGUCUUACCCGCUGAUGUACAUAAGACCUAUGAGAUGGAUGAUAUCAAUUUACACUACAGAUUCCUGAACUGGAGGCGCAGGAUCAGAGAAAUCAGGGAAGUCCGUGCUGUUCGUUAUCAAGAGCGAUACAAACGAAUGUUGAAGAAUGGAGACACGCUAAGUUACCAAGGGAACUCUGAUGAUGUUGGCUGCUACGUGGCUCCACGCCCCUUGUCAAAGGGAAACUGUUACUUCGAGGUGACCAUUAUGGAUACUGGAGUGAGAGGGACAAUUGCUGUCGGGCUGGUUCCCCAGUUUUAUAAACUUGACCAUCAGCCUGGCUCGCUUCCACAUUCAAUAGCUUACCAUGCCGAUGAUGGAAAGCUGUACAACGGCAACCCCGUCGGUCAGCAGUUUGGUCCUAAAUGUAACCGUGGUGACCGAAUCGGUUGCGGUAUUUAUGCAGACACUUUCGAUGCCGGACUCGUCACUGUGUUUUUUACAAAGAAUGGCAAAGAAGUGGGGUCAGUGGUGGUGCCGGUGGCUCCAGAUGGGCUUUUUCCUGCCAUUGGCAUGCACUCCCUCGGCGAGGAGGUACGGUUGGACCUGCAGGCGGAAUGGGGUUUGGAGGAGGAGGACAGCGUCAUGAUGGUGGACAGCCAUGAGGAUGAAUGGGCACGCCUGUAUGAUGUCAGAGUCAGUGGCACGCUUCUGGAAUAUGUCGGGAAAGGGAAGAGCAUCAUGGACGUUGGUCUGGCUCAGGCCCGGCAGCCCCUCACGACACGAAGUCACUACUUUGAAGUGGAGAUUGUGGAUCCUGGAGAGAAGUGCUACAUUGCCCUGGGCCUGGCAAGAAGAGAUUACCCAAAGAACAGGCAUCCAGGAUGGAGUCGAGGUUCUGUUGCAUAUCACGCAGAUGAUGGGAAGAUCUUCCAUGGAAGUGGAGUAGGAGACCAGUUUGGCCCUCGCUGUUUUGAAGGGGACAUCAUGGGCUGUGGAAUAAUGUUUCCUCGGGACUAUGUGCUGGACGGUGAAGAUGAGAUGGACGACUGGGAUGCUGCUGAUGUCCAACCAAAGCAGGGGCGUGUCGAAAAUUUACUGUAUUUGAACGAUGAAGACGAGGAAGAGGGAGAUGAUCCAGAACAAGAACACGAGGGCCUAAAGGUUAUGGUGUUCUUCACCCGGAACGGCAAGAUUAUCGGCAGGAGGGAAGUGGUUGUCCCGGACGGAGGAUUUUACCCCAGUAUCGGGAUGCUCAGCAGCGGAGAAAAGGUCAAGGUGGACCUCCAUCCUCUCAGCGGAUAAAGCUACGGGCAGAUGGGAAAGACCAAAAAAUUCUGCUGAGAUUUCAGUUAUCUUUUGUACAUUUCAAGGCACUUCAAAAUGCAAGUUUAACACGUCUAACACUCCAGUGCAUGUUUCUUCGACAGCGAUCACCUCAGCUUCAAUCGGUGUACUGUGAGACCACAUGUAGAGGGGCUUGUGGCAUGAAAAUGGUUAAUAUUGGGCGUCAAAAUAAUGUAUGGAAAUAUUAAAUUAUAUAUUUUUAAUGUAUAUAUGUAAAUUGAUGUAUUGGCUGCUAUACAAACAUUUAUUUAGCAAAAAUCAAUCAUGAUAUUAAUUAAUAACUUGACACCCUAGAGAAACUUAAAGAGAUGGCAUGAGGGUGUCAAUGAUUAUAAAUAAAUGACAAAUACAUAUAAUAAUGUUAAAAAUAACUUCACAGUUUUCCACAAGCACUCCCUCUCACAAAUGACUUGUGAAGGUGUUGAAAGCAUAUUACGGUUAUUUUUCUUAUUGUGAUUCAUUUUGAAUUUCAUUUAAAAAGUGCCAUUUUUUUUAUUGUUAUUAUUUCUGUCUGAAACUGAGCGGUUGAAGUGUUUGUCAGUGGAUAGCAUGGAGUAAUUGAUGAAUGCAUUUUAAAUCAGUUAUGUUUAUUUAGUUCAGUCUUUUCUGUAAAUGUAGAGUUUGACAACAGUUUGUGGACAUUUUCUCAGAUAUUUCAGGGGGAGUCAGAAAACCUAGCGCUGUUUAUUCAGGAAUUGUUCACUGUAAUGUGAGCUGGUCUGGUUCACAAAUGCUACAAGCACUUUAGAGACGUAUCAACUUAAGAGGAUAGUCCGACGGGAGAGCGGCACUGAUGCUGCGCUCUAGACUUCUCAACACCUCGCUGAUGCAAUAAUGCACUUCCUCUUCUGUCCUGUUACAUAUCACAUAUGGAACAAAACCGUUUCAUAUGACGUACUUUGCCAAAUUAAAUGUUGAAUAUUUCUCCUCCAACAUGUCUUAUAAACAAAGACUUUUAAUGAUAUUAAAUGUUACUCUAUAUUGCCAUCAUUUAGUUUCUUAAGUUAAAUCUGUUGGUUAUGUUCAGAAUGAGAUACUAGCUUACUGCAAACUGCACAGUGUAUACUGUAUGUCUAAAAAAAAUUAUUGUCCAAAAUAUUGGAAGCUUGUUUUGACAAUGGGAUUAAAAAAACUUGGGAUUUUUUUUUUUUUAAGAAUAGCAGGUCAGUUGCGAUAUAGAAACUCACAUUAAAAAAAAAAAAAAAAAAAAAAUAGUGAGAUAAAAAAAUGACCUCAUUCAUUUUUUAUUCUUUGGAAGGAGCAAAAAAGAAAUUGAAAAUCUCAAUUACCUUCCUCAAAUUUUAAUUCCAUGGUGGAAAAUAUAAUUAAGAGAAGUCAGAAUAUUUUUGAAAGAGAAAGUCAGCAUUGAAAAGUUUUUUUUCCCUAAUAUUGAGACAAAAAGUCACUAUUUUUUUUUAUCCUAUUUUUUUAUCACUUGGCAGAAUCGGACUUUCAUAUUAAAUGCAAUGGUAAUUUAUAUUAUCUCAACAUCUUGAAUGCAGAGAGUGAAAUUCAGUUUUUUUAUGUUUUUAUUUCUUACACAAAAUUGGAUCAAAAUAUAACUUGUUUUAAAAUUGCAGUGCAAUUGUAUAAAGUUAGGGUGGCCAUUCUGGCCGUUCUUAUGUUAAGUGCAAUGCAUUGUGGGAAAUCCUAGUGCAUUAUGCACAUUUUGCCAUUUCUAUGCAUAAAUGUUAAUGCUAUGAACAGUAUACUGCAGAAAUAGUAAGAAUAGAAUGCUGUUCUGAAUAUAGCCAUAGUCAUAUUUGACAGGAUGCAUGGGGUUUCAAAGCACCUGCAUCAAUGAAAAAGGAGCUUCGAUUUAUUCAUCUGAAAGUUCCUCAAUGAUUUAUUACACCCUUCUUGUUUAACAUAGACUAUUUUCUUGCUACAUUAAAUGAAAAUACAUUUUUCAAUAUAAAGAGAAGAAUGGGUGGACCGUCUACUAAAGCCUUUCCAUUUAGUGGUAAAAUGAAUAUUCCAGAUCAGAUCAUUUAACAUAAAGAAUUGCUUGUGUUCCAGACAUAAAUUGACAGAACAGGGAAGCCAAAACCAAAUACCUCUAUCAGUUAAGCUUAUGCAAAAAGCCAAGCGGUUGUCCUCUCCAAGAUCAUCUGAAUUCCUCCACUGGAAUGUGGUUGCUUGGCGUAUAAAUGGGCGAUGAUCGUUUUGCUUUCACACAGUCUUACUAAAUGGAGACUUGUGUUGAAGAUGUUGAUGUGCUGCUCUAAUUGUAGCAUGCACUCUUUUGCUAAUGUGUACAUAAUAAAGAAACGGUUGUUUCCACACAAACUGUA